CGCGGGACGCCCUGGUGGGUGAGGUGGCCUUGCGGGCUCGCAGCUGAGGAACAAGAUUCAGGCUGAGCUUCCCGAGAGGGUUUGGGAAUCAUCAUCCAAGGACCUCCCAGAGACCACAAGAAAACAUGGGGAGGAUUUUCCUCACGGGAGGAAAAGCAAAUACGGUACUAAAACGCUACCCAAGAGCUAAUGGACUUUUUGAAGAAAUAAGACAGGGAAAUAUUGAGCGUGAAUGCAAAGAAGAAUUCUGCACAUUUGAAGAAGCAAGAGAAGCUUUUGAAAAUAAUGAAAAAACUAAAGAGUUUUGGAACACCUAUACAAAAGCGCAACAAGGUGAGAGUAACAGAGGAAGUGACUGGUUUCAGUUUUACCUCACCUUUCCAUUAAUCUUUGGCCUCUUUAUUAUCCUCCUUGUCAUUUUCCUAAUCUGGAGAUGCUUCCUAAGAAACAAAACUCGCAGACAGACAGUGACUGAAGAUCACAUCCCUUUCCCUCAGCACCUUAAUAUUAUCACUUCACCUCCCCCACCAGACGAAGUGUUUGAUAGCAAUGGAAUGUCGCCAGGCUUUCUGGAAUAUGUAGAUGGGCGCUCAGAUUCUGUCUCCACUCGCCUUUCCAACUGCGAUCCUCCACCAACCUAUGAGGAAGCUACAGGACAGGUGAACCUUCAGAGGAUUGAAACAGAACCUCAUUUAGACCCACCCCCGGAUUAUGAGGACAUCAUCCACUCCAACUCAGCCAGUGCUAUUGCUAUGGUGCCUGUGGUCACCACCAUCAAAUGAAACAGCAAACUUCUUUUUACUAUAAUCGUUUUUAGAAUACAAAUAAAAGAACUGUCUACCACUUUACCACUACAUAAAUAUGCAUUGACUUAUUUUAUUGGACUCUGACAGCAUACCACUUUACAUUUUCUAAUUUGAUUUUAAUUAGUUGUGUUUCCUACUGUAAAAGCAUUAUCCACGCUCAUUUUAGGUAAUAGGAAUAUGUGAAAAGGGGAAAACAGUGGUCUUUAUGUGAUGUGAUGAAUUAUACAUAUGUGUGUAUGUGUAUUCAUGCAUAUCCUAUAUAAUAAAGAGGUAAUAUGCAAAUUGAUCAUCACACCCUCCCACAAGAUGGC